GAACGCAUUGAGCUCGAGCAGUAAACAGCCUCGUUGUGGAUGUUUAAAAAAUGGCGCAUAACACGAAAGCGCACCAAAAGGAAUCAACAGGGAAACUAUCGUAUCUUCCGCGUAAACUGCGCCAGCGAUUAAUGAAAUUCCAAGCGGAAGGGGUAGACUUUGGUAUCAGGAAUGAUGGAAAAUGCCUGAUUGGAGAUGAGAUGGGUCUGGGGAAAACCCUGCAGGCCAUCUCUAUAGCCUAUUACUACAAGGCUGAGUGGCCCCUGCUGAUAGUAAUCCCGGCUUCACUGAGAUACCCCUGGGUGGAGGAGAUAGAGAAAUGGCUGCCAGAGGUCAGUCCACACCAUAUCAACCUGAUGCAGUCUAUGCAGGAUACCAGUGCCAUCCCUACAGCAGCCAUUACCAUCAUCACAUAUGGUCUUAUACAACACUUUAAACCAGGCUCUCCCUGCCUGGAGGCACUGGUCAACCAAAACUUUCAGGUGGUCAUUGUGGACGAAUCUCAUUAUGUCCGGAACAGAAAGACAGCCACCACCAAGGUUGUGGUACCACUGGUGCAGAGAGCCAGAAGGAAGAUAUUACUGACAGGAACGCCUGCUUUAGCUAGACCAUCAGAGCUGUACCCACAGCUGGAGGCACUGUGUCCUGGACAGUUUGGUACGUGGUCUGCCUACACCAAGAGAUACUGUGAUGCCCACAUGAAGUUCUUUGGAAACCGUGGUAGACAGUGGUACACAGGAGGUGCUAGUAAUCUCCCUGAGCUGGAGCGUAGGCUGAAGGAGACUGUCAUGAUACGCAGGCUGAAGAAAGAUGUCCUGACACAACUCCCACCUAAAACCAGACAGAGGAUACCCUUCCAGCUUAAACCCUCUGAUUAUAAAAAGGACAUAGAGAAGCUCCAGAGUAAAGCAGACAGGUUAUUGGAUGGCAGACCCCAGGGACUACAGGAGGUGAUGAUGAACGGGGAGAUGGCAGAACAAGGAGACAGCAGGUUCCAGAUAAUGAAGCUGGUCUCAGAACUGUAUGUGGCCACGGGGAAGGCUAAAGUUGGGCCAGCCAAAGAAUACAUCAAAAUGCUGUGUGAGAAUGACCAGUUAAAGUUCCUGGUGUUUGCCUAUCAUCAGGACAUGCUGAACGGGUUGCAGGAGACCCUGCACGAUCUGGACAUUAAGUUCAUCAGGAUAGAUGGCAAUGUGCCGCCCAAGGAGAGAGGGAUGCUCGUGGAUACCUUUCAGAAAGAUGCGAAUACCAGAGUUGCUCUCCUUAGCAUUACAGCUGCUGGGGUGGGCCUGACUCUGACGGCGGCCAGCUUGGUUGUGUUUGCUGAGCUAUACUGGACGCCAGGUACUCUGGAGCAAUGUGAGGACAGGGCUCACAGGAUUGGUCAACAGAACCGGGUCAAUGUCCACUACCUGGUGGCCAAGGGGACAAUGGACGAAUGGAUGUGGAGCAUGAUAAACAGGAAGACAACUGUUGUGACAGCCACGCUGAAUGGAAAGGUGCAGACAUUGAAGGCAGACGUCACCUAUGGUGUCCACACUGACCUGCUAUCUAGUGCCGAGGCUUGGAAACCAUCAGAAGGAGAUGAAGAUGUCAGCAUGAUGUUUUCACAGCCAAGCAACCAGAGGUCCAUACUUGAUUUUCUGACUCCAAACGGUAACAGAAAAAAACAGCUGAAGAGAAAACAAAUGUCACUCCUUAAACAUGAAAAUGGCCAAAAUCCCACACCUGCUAAAAAGCACAAGGGAAAGAAACUGGAGGUCAUACCUGUUGAACCUGAUGAUGACUCAGCAGAUAUGAUAGUGAUGUCAGAUGAAGACCUACCAAACAUUGAUUUGAAAUGUGAAAAGAAAAUGGUGCUGCAAGAAAAAAGGCCAUGCUUUGACAGAUUAGAUGUUUCUGUAUUUGAUGAUUCAGACAGUUUUGAAAAUGAGGUCAAAGGUAAAAACCUUGCCAAGUUAGGGAAUAAGACCAAGGUUAAAGAAAAUCUCAAGCCCAGGAGAAAAACAGUUGCUGAUGAGGAAGACAUGAUAAUCUUGGAUGAAGUAAAAGAGGACAAACUGAUUUCAGGAAUACCUCAGCGUAAAAAUGAAAAGUCAAGAAAAACACCUCAUUCUGAAGAAAUGACAAGAUCAAGUGUAACAGAAAUUAAUGCAGACAACAAUUGCACAUUGAAAGUGGAUGAAAGAUUAAGUAUUUCCAGUGGAUCUAACGAAAAAAGUCACCCAAAUGCUCUAGACAAUGCACCAUUAGAUAGUGCCAGUAGCAAAGGUACGUCAUCACCAAAAGAAGGCAGCAGGAAACAGAGUAUGAUUCCACCAGUUGGCAGCACCAGGGUGGACAGGUGGGCUUGUCACGUAUGCACCUUGGUGAAUGAACCACUCCAUCUGUGCUGUAGAGUUUGUGGAACCCCAAGACAGACCCAGUCCAAGGUCCAGUCUCAUGGUGAAUAUGCCAAAGUGAAUUCUGCCUCAGAGACUUCUAUCGAUGGAAAACAGGAACCUAGUGAAGAGGCAGAAGGGGAUGCUGAUGUCUGGAGAUGUGUCAUGUGUACCUAUGACAACCAGUCAUGUGAUCAGAAAUGUUCCAUCUGUCUUACUCCUGGGGGAAAGUCUAGGAGGAAAACUAGGAAGAAUGGUGCUCCAUCCAAAACUGUGUCAGAGGUGCAGACAGCACCAAGAGAACCACCUUCUAAUAAUGUGUCUGCUGUGGAUUUUUUAGAAACUGGUGCUGUGGAAUCACAAAGCAAUACUGAUAUUAACAGUGUAAAGAGUGGUGCUUUAUUGAAGCAGUUUGACAUUGCAGACGAUGGUGCUGUUCAUGAGAAUCUCCAAGUGGAAAAUUCUUCACACGAUUGUGCCAAAGAUGAUAAAAACGAUGUGCCAAACUUUGAUCUGUGUGACGACGAUAAUGACGACAUGUUCACCAUUGAUGAAUAUCAGAGUGACAAGGAAGAAAAAGAAAAGCAAGAACGAGGAUCAGAGCAAGAUGAAAACUGUGGUGACAGGACACUUGAUGAGAGUAUCAAUUCAAUUGAAAGUGCUGAUGGGGGAACUACUUGUGAUGAUGUUGAACAUGACCAUAGUCACUGGUAUGAGGAUAUUGAUGAUGCACAAAUGAUACAGGCUGAAGAAGAAGUUACUCAAACCAGCCCAGAGGUCAAGCCCAGAGUUGUCAACUUGGAUGACAUUCCAGUGUAUGACCUCUUCAUGUACAGUUGUAGCAGGAACACCAACAGAGUAUACCUUCAUGAUAAGCAUGGCGCCCCACUCCAUACCAAUUUCCUGCCAAGUGAUGUCCUGUCUGCCAACAUGGAGGACUUACCAGAUCUUCUCCUCCAUCCACAGAACCUGAAGCUGGUGAAGAGGUUUGCCAGGGAGUGGCAAAGUCUUGGAGCCACAAAGCAGAGGGUGGUAGUGCGUAAAGAAGAGAUAUUCACCAGUCCGUUACUCCACUAUGAUGCUGUAAGCAAGAAGGGGCACUCCACACAGAGAUAUGCCACAAAAGAUGACAUUGCCAAGGCAUCUGCUGCCAGGGCGUCAGAGGUAGGGGGCUCUAUCAGGCACAUUACGCGACCAGACGUCAAGAGUGUUAAGAAUCAGUCUCCAAGAGCAAAACUCUCCUGUCAGCACAGCACACAGGAGUCACCUAAAAGUCAGAAACUGACAGUGUCCAGUAAUAGUCCUGUUACAAACAUUGGGGUCAGGAGUCCCCUAGGGGUGAACAGCAUCAAAAGAAACAGCAACAGUGGGGUGAACAGUGAUAAAGAGAAAAGCAUUGAUGAAUCAAGUGAAUUUGACAGUCUGAACACAUCCAAAGGAUUUGUUCAGGCUCUAGAUUCCAAUGGAAACCCUCUGUGCCUGAAUUGUCAGCAACCUUAUGAGAACCGUCUGCUUUCCUCGGCAACCAUCCGUAGCAACAGUGCAGCCUGGGAUACACGGUUCUGUAAGACACAGUGUAAGGAGGAAUUCUGGCUGCGCACCCACCAUGGCUAUGGACGUGACCAGGUAUUUGAGGCUGAGCGCGGCAUGUGCCAGAAAUGCAACUUCAAUGCACACGAAUUUUUUAAGAAAAUAAGAAUUACAGGGGACUUUAAAAAGCGUGCAGAUCUGAUCAAGAAGAGUGUGUACAAUGUGUUGAAGGGUGAAGUCAAAGAGAAGAUGGUUAGAAAGCCAGUGGAAGGCAUGUUCUGGCAUGUGGAUCACAUCAACCCAGUGUAUGCAGGGGGAGGUCAAUGUGACCUGGACAACCUCCAGACUCUUUGUACAGUGUGUCACAUGACAGUCACAGCACAGCAGAACAAACAGAGACACCAAGCCAAGAGACUACAGAGGGCAGCACUGGAUGGGGAUAUCACGGCUUUCUUUCAAAAGGCGACAAGUUGAACAGUGAAAUUGAAUCAAUAGACUACAGAGGGCAGCACUGGAUGGGGAUAUCACGGCUUUCUUUCAAAAGGCAACAAGCUGAACAGUGGAAUUGAAUAAAUAAACUAUAGAGGGCAGCACUGGAUGGGGAUAUUUCUUUCCCAAGACAAAAGUUAAACUGUUAGAUUGAAAGCAAAUUAAAAGAUUGUGGAGUACAACACUUGAUAGCAGAACUUGAUACUUUGAAAUCUGCUUUCUUUAAAUUAGUUAUUCAAAGUGAAUAAUAACAAUCCAGGUCCGAUAUGCAG